AUGGCCGGAAGUGAUACUUUGGAGAACCAAGAAGCAGAGACUGUCGCCCGAGCAUUUUAUACACAUUGGAUUUCAAGAUUUGGUACACCUCUUAUUAUAACGACUGAUCAAGGGAGACAAUUCGAAUCAAACCUUUUCAAGUAUCUAGGAUAUUUGACUGGUACAAAUCACCUUAGGACUACGGCCUACCACCCUUCAGCAAACGGUAUGGUAGAACGAAGCCAUCGACAGCUUAAGGCCGCUAUCAAAUGUCACCAGAACAAACGGUGGACUGAAAUACUCCCAACAGUCUUAUUAGGCAUACGAGCAGCUUGGCGCGAGGAUCUGAAGUCCACAUCCGCAGAACUUUAUUCGGAGAACCACUUCGUCUACCUGGUGAAUUUCUCUCAACAAGAUCAGAUGACGCUAAGUUUGAGAACGCAGCAGAGUUCAUCAAGGAUCUUCGACACCAGAUUCGCCAGAUAA